AAUAAAAUAAAAUAAAAUAAAAUAAAAUAAAAUAAAAUAAAAUAAAAUCUCGAUCUCUAGAGCUCCCAGACUGAAGGAACAAAACAAAAUAGGGUCAGCUCAGCCACAAUAACAGACUAUUAAAGAGGCAGAGAAGCAUGCCCUGGGGAAGGGCAUUCUAAGCCAAAGAAAUGGCUGUACAAAGGCAGGAGGCAUGGAGACAAAGAAUUGUUGGAGCCAAAUGGCUUUUGUAUGCAGAGAGGUAUGCCCUGCAUCCCACAAAGCUGAAAUCUAUUCCAGCCAGGGGAACAUUCACAACUGGAAAACAGCCAGAUGGGACAGGCCCAGAGCCUAAACUGUUCAAAUUUAGGAAAGGACCCAGCAAGUUCUCUCAGGGCUUCCUGUGAGAUCUGACUUUUUCCUCAUCGGUCUGUGACGCCUCCAAGGCCACCCACACCGUUUCCACCUCCCCAGCUCACGACAGACCCAAGUCUGGGCACAAAAGGCAGACCAAUUUUUGGUAUUUUGUUGGUACUUGGUUGGAUUUGGGGGAAAGGGCAAGUUCUAACCGCAGAUCAGGCGCCCAGAGUGGGGUAGGGCAGUUGCCCCCAGCAUGACCCCGACCUAGUCUAGUAGUUGAAGUGCCCUUGUUACCAAGCUUGCUGAGGGGGGGGGGGGGGGGCGAGACUGGAACUUGCUCCACUCUCAUUGGUCAGCAGAGAAGUGCCACCGAGGAACCCUUGUUGCCAGAGGCAAGAACGAGAGCCCAUUGGUCAGGACACCUCACAAUGGCCCCGGCAGCGCACAGGAUUCUUCCGAUUGGUUCGCUGUCUGCCUGAGGAGACCCCUGUUGCCUCGACGCCCAGCAGGCUCCUUGGUGCCCUGGAAAGAGCGCUUCCCAAGCCCACCCCCGUUCCCCAUUGGCUGUCGUGGGGGCCGCCGCCAUCUAAUGACGGAGGCGCAAAGCACCCGUGGGCGCGCUCCCUGCGGCAGGAUCUAGUCCCGCGGGAGGGUGACCCUGCCGGGACUACAGGUGCCGAAGCUGAGUGCAAGACUCAGGCGCCCGGCACUCUUGCGGAGGACCCCGUUCUCCCUCGGGACCUGGUCUGGAGCCCAGCCCGGACCUGCCCUCGGGGAGCUCUGCACCUCCAACCUGGAACCCAACCCGAAAGGCCCCAGUAAGUUCGAAGCACCCACGCGGCGUGUGAACCCGCUCAGGGCAGACGGAGAGGGGAAUCCCAACUGUUGUGUGUGCGGUCCGCGCCUCCAUUUGCUUCUCGCCUUAAUCGUUUAUCCACCGAUUAUUGGCUCCUUUAUUUGGCAUUCGGGGUCCACCUCGGUGCCACCUCUCCAAACCCUUCGUUCCAACGGUGUUGGGAAGUCCCGCGCCGCAAAGAAUUCCGAUUGAGAUCCGAACGGAGGAGUGGCGGAGACGGGGGUGAAACCCCUGUGGGACAAUGUUCUACUAUCCCAACGUGCUUCAGCGCCACACCGGCUGCUUCGCCACCAUCUGGCUGGCAGCGACGCGUGGCAGCCGGCUGGUGAAGCGUGAGUACUUGAAGGUGAACGUGGUGAAGACCUGCGAGGAAAUCCUCGAUUACGUGCUGGUACGAGUGCAGCCCCCGCUGCCCGGUCUACCGCGGCCCCGCUUCUCCCUGUAUCUCUCAGCCCAGCUGCAGAUUGGUGUGAUCCGGGUCUACUCCCAGCAAUGCCAAUACCUCGUAGAGGACAUCCAGCACAUUCUGGAGCGCCUGCACCGUGCCCAGCUGCAGAUCCGCAUUGAUAUGGUAGAGACUGACCUACCCAGCCUGCUGCUUCCUAACCGCCUGGCCAUGAUGGAGACCCUGGAAGAUGCUCCAGACCCCUUUUUUGGAAUGAUGUCUGUGGAUCCCACACUUCCCAGCCCCUUCAGUAUCCCUCAGAUUCGACACCUUCUUGAGGCUGCAACCCCAGAGAGACUUCUUGAGGAGAUCCCUCCUGAAGUCCCUAUGGAGCCAACGAAGCCAGACAGGAUCCCAGUCACUGUGCUGCCCCCAGAGGCCAUCACCCUCCAAGAGCCAGAGCCCAUACGCAUGCUGCAGAUUGAGGGUGAACGGGACCUUCCAGAGGUCAGCCGGCGAGACUUGGAGCUGCUGAUUGCCGAGGAAGAAGAAGCUAUCUUAUUAGAGGAACGUGAAGAGUACAAGGAGGAGCCCCGGGCCCUGGAGGGAGACACCAUAUUACCCUCGCUUUCACCUCCAGCUCUUGCACAGGUGGAAGGGGCAGCAGAGCCACUUCCGGUCCCAGUCCCCGAGGAACUGAAGCCAGCAGCCUGGGAGCCCGAGGCCCUACUUACUGAGGUGACUCCUCCACCGGAGCUGCGUCUGCCAGCCCCUCCCAGCCCAGAGAGGAGGCCCCCAGUUGCCCCAUAUCCUGGGGUCCCACCUGCUCGUCGCCGUCGCCGCCGCCAGUUACUGUUCUGGGACAAGGAGACUCAGAUUUCCCGGGAGAAAUUCCGGGAACAACUGCAAACCAGAGCCCACUGCUGGGAGUGUCCAAAGGCGCAGCCUCCUGAGAGGACCAUCAGAAGCCCCACGGAGCUAUUCCGAACCCCAACUCACUCUGGCUGGUUACCCCCAGAACUGCUGUCUUUCUGGACCCGCUGUGCCCAGCCACCCCCAGAAGCACUCAGGCGAAGGCCACCCUGGGAGCCUGAAGAGGAGGCUGAGGAGGAAAGGAGGAGGACUGAAGCUCUGAGCGAUAUUGAGGUCCUGAGAGAGGCCCAGGAGCCCAGCGGGCCCCUCAUGCUGUCUUCAGAACUCUCUCUAGAAGCGGCCGAGGAGGAGAAGACCCGCAUCAGCCUCAUCCCUUCGGAAGAACGGUGGGCCUGGGCCGAGGCAGAGCGGCCAGAGGCCCCUGCACUGCCUGUGGUACCCGAACUCCCUGAAGUGCCUAUGGAGUUGCCUUUGGAGCUGCCCCUGGAGCCCGAGCUGCUGUCGCUGGAGGCUGUGUAUAGGGCAGUGGCACAGGAGCUGCAGGCCAACAGGGAGCCCGAUUUCAGCAGCCUGGUGUCCCCUCUCAGCCCUCGCAGGGUGGCCGCCCGGGCCUUCUAUCUGCUACUAGUGCUUGCAGCACAACAGAUCCUUCGCGUGGAACAAGAGAAGCCGUACGGGCGCCUCCUGAUGCAGCCGGGGCCCCGAUUCCACUGCGGUUAGAACUAAUUCACAAGCUGCCAGGAUACUGGUUACAUUAAAUAUGUCUUGCCUGCCUCA